GGGUGGAGGCGCCGCCGCCGCUGUCGCCGCCGCCGCUGUCGCCGCCGGGGCCGGAAUAUGGUACAUCUGUUACUGUGCAGCUGGACGUUGCUGAAUAGCGUUUCCAUGAGUUUGCUAUUCAAUCUUUUUGUUGUUCAGAAUGGCAAAGAACCCUAAUUUUCAGGAAGUUGCUCAUCUGCCCACAGGCUACGUCCACUAUAGAUCUUCAGACAGCUUUACUGGCUACCAAUAUCAUCAUCCCUCCAAGAUGAGUAACAGCCAUCCACUUCGCCCUUACACAGCUGUGGGUGAGAUUGACCAUGUUCACAUUCUGUCAGAGCAUAUUGGUGCUCUAAUGAAUGGGGAAGAAUAUAGUGAUGUUACCUUUAUUGUGGAAAAGAAACGUUUUCCAGCACACAGAGUGAUCCUGGCUGCUAGGUGCCAUUAUUUCAGAGCAUUAUUGUACGGCGGAAUGAGAGAAUCUCAGCCUGAAGCAGAAAUUCCUCUUCAGGACACCACUGCAGAAGCAUUUACAAUGCUGCUGAAAUAUAUUUACACUGGUCGUGCCACACUACGAGAUGAGAAGGAGGAGGUCCUCCUAGACUUCUUAAGCCUAGCACAUAAAUAUGGCUUUCCAGAACUGGAGGAUUCCACAUCUGAGUAUCUUUGCACCAUACUUAAUAUUCAGAAUGUUUGUAUGACCUUUGAUGUUGCCAGUCUUUAUUCACUUCCCAAAUUAACUUGUAUGUGCUGUAUGUUCAUGGAUAGAAAUGCCCAAGAGGUGCUCUCUAGUGAAGGCUUCCUAACACUUUCUAAGGCUGCUCUCCUAAAUAUUGUACUAAGGGAUUCAUUUGCAGCUCCUGAGAAGGACAUUUUCCAAGCUUUGAUGAAUUGGUGUAAACAUAACCCCAAGGAAAACCAUGCUGAAAUCAUGCAAGCAGUACGUUUGCCGCUAAUGAGUCUAACAGAACUGCUAAAUGUUGUAAGACCUUCUGGAUUGUUGUCACCUGAUGCCAUCCUAGAUGCCAUUAAAAUUCGUUCUGAGAGUCGGGACAUGGACCUCAACUACAGGGGCAUGUUAAUACCAGGGGAAAAUAUUGCAACAAUGAAGUACGGAGCCCAAGUUGUAAAAGGGGAGCUGAAAUCUGCUUUGUUAGAUGGGGACACUCAGAACUAUGACUUGGAUCAUGGAUUUUCUCGACAUCCGAUCGAUGAUGAUUGCCGUUCUGGUAUUGAAAUUAAACUAGGCCAGCCAUCAAUAAUCAACCACAUAAGGAUACUUCUAUGGGACAGAGACAGUCGAUCUUAUUCCUACUACAUUGAGGUGUCCAUGGAUGAGUUGGAUUGGAUUCGAGUUAUUGAUCACUCAAAGUACCUCUGUCGAUCUUGGCAGAAGCUUUACUUUCCUGCUCGUGUCUGCAGGUAUAUCCGAAUUGUUGGAACUCACAACACAGUGAACAAAGUUUUCCAUAUUGUGGCAUUUGAAUGCAUGUUUACCAACAAAACCUUUACUCUUGAGAAAGGUCUGAUAGUUCCCACUGAGAAUGUUGCAACAAUUGCAGACUGUGCCAGUGUGAUUGAGGGCGUAAGCCGAAGUCGCAAUGCCUUGUUGAACGGAGACACAAAAAACUACGACUGGGAUUCUGGGUAUACGUGCCAUCAGCUUGGGAGCGGAGCUAUUGUAGUACAGCUAGCACAGCCCUACAUGAUCGGGUCGAUACGGUUGCUACUUUGGGACUGUGAUGAUCGGAGCUACAGCUACUACAUUGAGGUUUCAACAAAUCAGCAGCAGUGGACUAUGGUGGCUGAUCGUACGAAAAUUUCCUGCAAAUCCUGGCAAACAAUCACUUUUGAUAAACAGCCUGCAUCUUUCAUCAGAAUAGUUGGCACUCACAACACAGCUAAUGAGGUGUUUCAUUGCGUGCAUUUUGAGUGCCCAGCACAGAACAGUACUCACAAGGAUGAUGGCAGUAAGGAAGUGGCAACAACAGAUUUGGGGACUGGUGGACAACAACUUGUUUCUCGCCCUGUUCGAGCUGGAAGCACCGGUUCCCUGCAUUCCCCUCCUGGAUCCACCUCACGUUCACAUCCUCACCAACCGUAAAAGGAAUCAAAAGAGAGCUUUUGAAGAUCCAUCGACAUUAUAUGAAAGUAUUCACAACCUUCUUGUGCUGGCACUUUUUUGUUUUUUCUUUUUUGUUUUUUCCUUUCAUUGAACGAAGGGGACCAUGUCUGGAAGCUGGAAAUGCUGAAAUGGAAAAGGCUUCCCAAGGACAUGAAGAGACUGCUUCACUUUUCUCAUUUUGCUCAAAUCAGGCUGGUCUCCAGGGGUUAGAAAAUAGGUUUUAAUCUUCAUCAAGUACCCUAUUAACACCCUACCUCUCUAAUCCAACCAAGGCAAGGAGGGUGGAAGGAAAUAAAAGGCAGAGCUACAGUGGAAAUGUAAAAUGACUUGUGAACAUCAAAAUGGAAGGAAUAUGAAAUAAGUAUUUGCUCCCUCAAGGCUUCCAUUAGCAAAAAAAUGUUUGUCUUUAUGGAACACAUCAGUAAAAAAUAUAUGUUUUAAGCUUAUUCUUAAUUCAUAUUCCUUUGUAACUAGUAAGGUGUCUUCUAAAUCAUUUUGACGCUGUAUCCCACUUUGUUUCUUAUUUUUGGCUAUAACAAAUGCAGUGCAGUAGAUUAAGGAAGUAUCAAGCAUGUUUACCUGCUGAGAUACAAAUUCCCUCAUUCAUCAGUGGGAUGACAAGAAAAGCCUUCAUGAUAUCAACAAACUAAUUAAUGUAUGCUGUAUUAAUCUUGACCUUAGUUGACUUUUCAAAAUACAAAAUUGUCAUUUCUUAUACUCGAAGGGAAGACUCAUAAAUCAGGCUUCCAUCUUGAGAAAAACAUUUUUUCUGCUCUUGAAGGUGAUUACAUACAUUUUACCUGUAUUUCCAAAAAAAAUUCAACAGAUUUUUUGUUUAGCAAAGUGGAACUGCACCUGGCCACUAACAAGCAGCUUUUCAGAAUACAAAAACAAGAAUUUGCAGAUAAUUAUUUUUAUCCAAGAAAAGAAAGUUUUACAUUCUGGAGCCUAAAAAUAGAAUGCUUUAAUGCUAUAUUGUAAAAAAUUUAGUUUUUACUGUGCAUAACAGAAUUAGUUAUCCAUCUGUGUCUGGAUUGAUUAUCUGCUUUGCUUGCUGUAACUGUUUGCACACUAAUGAUAAUGCAGUCUCUUACUCUCCAGAUCCACACAUGGCUUCCUGGAAGAGCUACACAUUGGUCUUUCAGUAUGUGAUGAAGUGUUUUCAUAUUAAGGCAAACAUUGAUGUAAUUGGCAAAACUGUUUAGGAGGGUUGAUUUUCCUCAUGAGGUACAUCAUCUUGGAAGUGUUGGCUAUGAACUUGGUAUUUCCUUGGUGACAGAUAGCCUUGUCAGAAGAAAACAAAGGUAGUGUAGGUUAAAUAUGGUUUUACUUUGUAUAACUGUAGUGAUAAAAUGAGUUAUAUUGGCAUAGCAAAUAAGAUGUUAGUUUGUCACACUGCUUAGUUUGAAAGAAUUUCCAUGUUGGAUAUCAGUUGAUCUGAAAAAGGAAGAAACAUAACAGAUGAUAGCAAUGAAUCAGUAGACAUGUUAAAGGAGAUAUGCUUCCUCUUUCUUAUUUCCAGUAAAAUUGAUUUGGUUUUAUUGAUAAUACCGUAGUAUUUUUCAUGACCAGGUCCCAGUUCCAUUCUUCUGACAUUUGCGUGCAGCCUCCUUCCUUCUCACUGCUGUUUGCUGGUUUAUGAUGUCUCAGUGAAGAUACAUGCAUGUCGCAUUAUACGUAGCUUUCAAUUUAUGCCAUGGCUCCCUCAUACAGUCUUGAGUUCUGAGGCAGGAUAUUGCUCAUAAGCCUGUAGCUAGUCUUGGCUGCCAAUUACCAUGAAAUAACUGAGCCUAACUAAUGGGGACACAACUCUUUUAUUUAAACAAGCUCUUUUAUUUAAGGUCCAAAAAUUCAGAACUCUUUUUUGUUAUCUUUGAAGAGAGAGAGAGAGAGGAAAAAUGAAUACUCCUCUGUUCCAGUUGUAAUCCAUGCUGGAACUAUUGAGAUGCAUGGAGCAUGUCCUGUCUUUGGUAGAGAAGUCCUUCAGUGCCAGUGUUGUUAUUUUUUUGCAGUUUCAACAAGUUUCUCAAACUGUGGAUAAACAAAGACCAUAACUUCCUAGCUGUGUUAUUCUUGUCACUGUUGUAGAGAAUGUGUUAGGAUAAGAAUGAAAAAAGUUCAUGCCAGCUGUUCCAAGAUUAGUCUGUCAGAGAAAGAACAGGAUUUUCAGUUCGUAAUCUCUGACAUGGACAGUUAAUUUUUAGGAUACAAAUCAGUCUGGAAAAAAAAGGCUAUAAACUAUUGUAAGUCUUUUUGUUCUUAUCUUAUGACUCACUUUUGAAUGAAAAUGCCUGUCUAUUUCCCAUGACAUUAGCUCUUUGCUGAGGGCUAUACUGGUCAGUUUUCAGGUAUGAAGAACCUGAAUGAACAGGUAUGAGAGAUUCCCAAAGCAAAAAGAAUUAGAUCCUAAGGAACUUCCAAUAUUCCUUAAAAAAAAAAAAAAAAAAAAAAAAAGUUAGAAAAAAAAAACAUGUUAGCAUUAUACCUUCAUACAGAUAAACAGAAUUUUUGAGUAUUAGGCUGGUUCUCAGUCCCAUCUGGCCUUUCUCACAGAUGACUUCUUGUGUUAGUUAUUCUUAGACCCUGUCACUGAAGUAAGUCAAAUGCAAUCACAGAGCUUUCAAACCUUUAAGACAGGCAUCACCAUAUCCUAACAUUUUUCAGUGUGAAUACUUUUUUGUUCAAAGAGAUAUUGUCAAAAUGUUCAUGAGACCUCAACUCUACUUUGUCCCAUCCCCCCUGCCAACCUCUGCAAUAUCUUUAUUGCCUGACAUAGUCCUCUGCCUUAAAUAUUCUGUCAGCAACAUAAUACGCUAGUGACAAAGGAAGCUAUCACACAGAAUUAAUUUGUGUUUAGUGUGAAUAUUCCGAUUAUUUAUAGUGGUGUAUGUAUAUAGUGUAUUUAUUGACUCCCAGUUUCAGAUAGGAUUCUUGCAUAUUCUUCUGAAAUCUUUUAUUAUUUCUUUCAGUGGAAAGAAGUUGUGCUGUUUUGCUAAACAAGAGGUGAUUUUUAACAUCAGGGCUUCUCUGCAGAGUGCUGAGAUAUUAUUCAGAGUUGCAUAUCACUUAUGCAUCUUUUAUUUGCAAUAGAAUUAGAACAAAAUUGACCAGAUGUUCUUUGCCUUCUCCUUAGAAACUAUAAAAUAGUUCUUCUGCUAGAUUUCUAGGUAGCAGAAUUGGCUAUAUUGUCAUUACUGAGACAUUGUUUCUAUUUAGUAGUUCAGUUAUAAUAAUCACUAUCUUUAAAUUCCUCAUGCCUCGUUUUCUCUGCUGUUCUUCCAUAGAUUGAGUUCAGACUUGUCUAACUCAAAUGGAGCUCAACAGAAAUCUUUCUAAAGUCUCUUCAUUUAAUUAACUUAUUCCAACUAAAUUUAAACGCUUCUUAUUCACAGAAAUGUCACAGAAACGUAUGGCCAAAAAUCAAUCAUUUCAGGAAAAAUAAAUUCAGUAUUUGUAAAACUGAUUUAUCUGGGAAAAUGAGUUUCUGAGCUGAGCAAAAAUUGCACAGCUGUUUUCAAACCACUGUCAAACAGCUCUAAGACAAGUUCCUAAAAUAGGUCUUUAUAAAGAAAAGUAUUAAAAAGGAAAGAAUAUUCUUCUAGGAAUUACUUUCUCUAGUGUGUUCUUUUUAUUUUAAUCUUAGCUUCUGAAAAAGUGACAUUUUAAUUGGAGUUACAGUGAGAGAAGUUAAUCCAAGACUGAUGUAAAGGACUUAGCACAGAGAAGAAAUCACAGUUUUUGUUAGGGGAGGAACUGUUCCUUGUUGUAGUUUGCUUCCUUUACAGCUCCAUUUAUUUUUCUUUCCACAAAAAUCAGUUUUGAAUAGUUACUAUGAUAGCAACUCUUGGAAAAGUUUAGUGCUUCUCAGCACUGCUGAAAAAUUGAAAUGAACUUAAUGCAUCUUCAUCUUUACUAAUUAUGAAAUCAAAUUAACAAAUUUUCAGUUUAGCGUCUGACUUGAUAAUAUAGUUGCUUUCUGUGGGAGGAAGAAAGCAAAAGAAGUAUUGUGAAUGAUUUUUCCACUCUCAACUUUUCCAAACAAAUGUGUGUAUGAAUAUCCAUUCAUUAUUCAACAAUGUUAUCUUAAUCUGGAGUCAGUGCAAAGAUUAGAAGACAAAGUUAAUGCUAUUUUUAUCUGACUGUUAUUUAUUAGUUCCAUUCAUAUAGAGAUACCCACUCAAAGAUACUAAUAUGGAAUCAGAGUUUAGACGUGCUUUCACAGAAAGUAGAAAUGAUAAUCUUAUUAUUCUUCUCAAAUAUUUGUUGACUUAAAUUUUGAGAGGUGCUCACAUAACAUCAAAGUGGGCAAGAUUUGGUUGCUGUGAUUGGAGCAGUCAGUAAAUAUCUGAGCCAGUAAGUGUUAACUGAUUUGAAAGUAAACAUUUUUAAGCUCAUAUGAUAUUCUAUCAGUUACCAGAGGACUAAACUAUGUUUCAGGAAUAUUAAUCUGUAGAUCCCAGAGGACUCCUGGGGCCCGGUCCUUUCCCCUGUCUCCCAGUUGACAACAUGCUUUGCUGUGACCAAACUGAUUGUUAAUGUUGUCAGCUGUACUAGUUAAAGCAAAGUGACUUAGAAGCUCCACAAAGCUUGGUUCAGGAUAGAGGAAAUAAAGUCCUGGGCCUAAUUUUUACUGGAGUACCUAAAUAUUCAUAUAUGUGUUCGAUUGAGCUAAUAGCUGAUUAUUUAGCCUGAAUUUACAACAAGUUCUAAAGCUGCUAAACUAAACAAAUUUUGUGCAGGCAGGUGCGAAAUGGUUACUGCUGUGGUAUGGCAGCGUGCUGAAUCUUUUUUAUGGUUGCUUAAAAUGUGGAAGUGACUAAACAAGGGUGACAGGUCCAAAGCUGUUGUUGCUCAGUUGUUAAGGACUGGCAAUUUGACUGUAGUGAGAUGCAUAAAAUAGAGUAUAUUAAAUGUUCAUCUUGAAGAUAGUGGUGCCAUCCAAAAUUGUAUAUAUUCCUCUUCUCUACUUUGUAAGCAAUGCCAUACAGUCUUUACACAGUGAGCCUUCAUAUGAGCAUUAACUGCUUUAAAAAAUAGCAGACUGUUCGUUGGCCCUACACAAGUUUUCAUUACAAAGCUUUGACUGAAGUACUGUAUAAAUCAUGGCCGUAUUCCAUGAUAGAAUCUGGAUCUGUGCUUGAUUUUGAAGAUGCUUACUAGAAAAUUACAGUUUUAAGAUCAUCCUGCAACUUUUCUUAUAUAAAGAAAGUCCAAAUUAAUAGCUAUAAUAUAUGGAAAACUACAUAUGAGAAAACUGCAGAUAUCUGUCAUUUGCCGAUAGUGUGACUACCAGUGCAAUUAUAUGCUGGUUUUGUAGUAGUAUAUGCAUUUGUUUACUGUCAUAAAAACAAAUGGCAAUAGUAAGUUGAGUAAUAACAUAUUCUUGGCUUUAAACGUUAUCACCCAAUCAGACAUCAGGUAAUUAUUUCUUUUCUGUUUGCCUCCAACCUAAUAGAAUAAUAGAGCUCAAUGUUCUGAAAAGAUAUGAUUAUUUUAUUACAUAUAUGUUAUGAGAAUUGAAGUUCAGAUUAUUUUUGCUAAAAAUCUCCAUAUGAGUGAUGACCUAAGUCUGCACAAAGGUGUAAAUAUGCCUCUCCUUUUCCUCCUGCUACUUUAGGCCCUAGGUUUUUGUAGAGGAAGGAGAGCUGCACUGUUGGUGUGAUACAGGUACAUUUUUUCAUCAGCAAUUUAUUGAGCUAUUUAUGUGUUUAUCAUCUUGGCACAUCCUCUCUCUUUAUACAGUUCCUCAGCCCACAGUUGAAAGAAUGUAACUUAGUUUCUUAUGAUUUUCAGAGUUAUCCAGUGACUUCUGAAAAGUGGCAGAUAUGUCAACACCACAGUCAAUGUUCAGGAGUUUGAGGCAUUUACAAGACUGACCUGUAUGCCCUUUUACAACAAAUGAUACGUAUCUCAAAAAGACCGGGUGACUUCUGAAACAUCCAGAAUUUCUCAUAGAAAUUUGUCACACUGAGAAAGUGCAUUUUGAAAUCAUCACAGAGGUUCAUUUCUGAUGAGCAGAGGGAGGUUUCUUCUCCUAUCUAUUGGCCUGGAUUCCAUUUGGAGUAUUCUGUGAGUUUGUUUAUGCCAAUUUAAUAAGAAAGAUAUUGAAAUUUCCUGAUUUGGACCUAUUACUGGAAUGAUAUUUAUUAGUUUGGAGAGAUAAACAUUUUGAAUUAAUGUUUUAAAGCAAUAAUGCUAAGUUCACAGGGUUUAAAUGCUUAGAUUAGAAACGUGAAUCUGGUAGCAGGGGCUAGUGUUGCAAGAAACAAUCUAGGAAGAGACUAUAAUAUAGUUAAAUGUACGUCAGUGUGUAUGUAGCUUAGAAAGUGAUCUGUGUAUUUUGUAGUGAUUAUUUGCAAGGAUGUGUUUCUACAUGGUCCUUUUGGUAAUUUAUGGAAUUUUGUUAUGGAAUCUGUCAUUCACGUGAAUCUGAGUGCUUGGCAAAAAAGAAGAAAAUGGAGCACAACUUCAGCCGUUUCAGAGGAAAAGCAACAUGAAGAUCUGAGUCCUGUGAUCCCAGAUAAUUGUAUUUAUUCCAGUCCUCAUAGGGGUUACUUUCUCCUACCUCACUUCCCCAGUCUGCUUGUUACUCCUUUUCUUUUUUCCCCUAACUAGCAUCAUGUUGCAUUUGCUGUAGUGUUCCCUGGAACUUUCCUCCAAAUUGUGAUGUAUUACCGAUUUCUUUUUACCUCUUUGCCAUAUGCUGAAUAAAAUAUCUCAGUCCCAGUUUAUAAGCAUCAAACCUUAAAGGUAGAUUGAUUUGACCAGUAGACUGUCAAGUGCUAAUGAGCAAAAUUUCAAUUUGGCUGUCUAUGGAUAUUGGAAAUACUGGCCCUUUUGGACCUUGUACUUCCAUAAUCUACUUGCACUGUGUCUGUUAUCCUAAAGAGAGAAAUCAGUGAGUGGUUUCCUGUUGACCUGAGUGAAUAUAGGGGUAGGUUGUGUGCAGGCUUGUCUAAUUUAAGUCUUACACAAUUGUAAGUAUUUCUCUUUCACUGUACUGCACAUGUAUGCUUAAUUUGUGCUUAAUUUGUUUAUUGUACAUAAGUGUUGUUUUCUCAAUAAAUUGCAUCAAAAGUGAACCUUCAAAGAAUUCCCAAGCUUCCAGAGGAACCUGUGUGAAGAAGGUAUGUCAGCUAUUGCAGGUACAGACAUCCCACUGAGCACUUGGACUCAUCUGAGAACUUCACAGUUAGUGCCCAAUGUCCGUUAACUUUAUCCAAUAUCUUGUAAAAUUUUGCUGAAUUUCAUUAUUAUUAUUUGGUUUUCUUUCUGGAGUGAAUGGUAACAUUGUUCCUUCAAAGAUCAUGAAUUAAAUAUUAGGAGCCAGGCUGAAUAGAAGUUCAGCUUUUAAUGAACUUUUUCACUCAUUUCUGUCAGUGCUCCUCCUUCUUGACAGACAGUAGUUUAAAACUUUAUGGUUACAUUCCCCUUCUCUGUAGCAGUUAUCGGUUGUAUCUUGAGAGUUCUGUGGAUUAAAUCCCUUUCCCUCUUUCUCGUGUUUCCUUACUGUAGCUUGGUUCUAAACUACCUCAGACCUUGUUGUGAACAGAUACGAGUUUCAGCUAAAGUGAAUACUUUAUCGUAGUCAUUGAAUACUCUUUAAAUGCAUGUGUAUGUAGCUAAAUCUGCCUGCCGUACAGUGAUCGCCUUUUCAGGAAUACUGCAUCUGGAGUAAGACACUUAACUGGGAUGAAUUCACCGCCACAUCCAUUCACGCGUGUGUUCAUCUCUCUCUAAAGAAAAACUUCUGGGGAGCACAGCUUCUCCUGUGGGAAGUGCUUGGCCUUUCAGCUCUUUGAAGGAACAUGAUAUUGCCCGCACUGGACUACUAUUACCUAUCUUUCAUGUGACAACCAUCAUAAAAACUGCUGCGUCAGACCUCCAUUCCUGGCUGUUCGCAGGAGCUGCGCUAUUGUACUGGACUGUGCUUGUUGUAUGAGAAUAAUCCCUCUCACCGCAUGUUCUGAUCACUUUGGAAACAUUUUAUACCGCAAUGUAUGUGCGUUGCUGACCAUUUGGCUAGUUAGGUUUCAGGUAGGGUGCUAGUUGCAGGUUUUGCUGCGGUUAUGCCAUCAACAACUUUGAGAAUUGUCUGGUUUUGUAGGUUAUCUAUUGAACAGCCUGGCAAACUUUGCUAGUACUGAUUUCCUUGCAGCUUCUUACCAGCAGACAUGCACGUCAUCAAAUAAGCAUUUUGUAAUAUGGAAUUUUGUAUGAACAUCUAGUAAAAAAGCACCACUGCAGUUAAAACCUUCUUAGUAAAAAUGUGUAUAUUUGUAAUGAAAGAUUAUAGAAUUAUUAAACUAAUAGAAGCUAUACUGUGCAUGCUCUAGCAUUGUAUUAAGAACUUGUAUUAAAAGCUUAUAAGCAGAGGACUCUGGAGAACAAGGGAGGUUAGCCUGGAUUUCUUUUUAAGAGCUUCAAAGAGGGGCAGAACUCUCCAGGGUGAAUGCAGGACCAGACAAUGCUCAAAGCAAAUUGUAAAGUGAAACUGUUGUGCUUUGUAUUUAUUUCUUUGGGGAUUUUUCUUUAAAGUAUUUAACUUCACAGGAGAAAUGCAGAAUAUAUUUAAGAUGGUGACAAUUAGCAAUGAACCUUUUCAAGAAUGAGAGGGUUGUGAUUUGAGAAAUAAAGUGAUCUUUUGUGUUUAA